UAUUGCAGGCGGUAAGACGUUAGCUGCAAGAAGGAUUCAGUAAACUUUAUAAAAAAAACAUAUUCUAUACUAACAAUCAAAAUGAGAUUCUCAAAAACGCCUGCUAGUCGUUUAAGCCAGGUUAAAUUAUUGGCAAUUGCUGUAUUGUUGCAAACCAUUCGGAAGGCUGAGUGUUUGUAUGAAGAUACUAUUUUGAACUUUUUGGAACAAUUACGUGUUCGCAUGUGUCAUCCUAUUCCACAGUUAGGAUUGCCAGCCUUGGAUCCUUUUCAAAUCCACCAUGUGGAAACAGAAAUUAAUAACAAAUACUUAGUAGAUUUCACAGGCUCUGUCACUGAUUUCAACCUGACAGGAUUAUCUGAUUUUGAUAUAGACUUACGUAUUUCUACAAUAAGAAAAUCAAUAAUUGAUAUCACUUUACCAAUGACAGAGUUUAAAUCCAUUUACACUGCCAAAGGAUCUUUGGCCUAUAUAUUGAAUUUGAGCGGUGAUGGUAAUGCACAAGCACAUAUAAGACACUUAAACCUGCAAAUAUCAUUUAAUUUGGGCAUCGGAAAAUUCCUUAGCAUAAGAAAUUUGAGUAUUACGGUCACAGUAGGUGAAAUAUAUAUGGACUUCGAAAAUUUGCUCGAGGAGGAACGAAUAAAUGAUUUUUUUCAUGCUUUAGUCAACGAACUAGGCUUGGAACUAUUGGGGGAUCUUUGGAUUGAUGAAAAGGACUUUUCAGAGCAAUAUAUACAAGAGCGCAUUAAUACUUUUAUUGGUCAAUACACUCUAGCUGAUAUUUUAAAGAUAAUUGGUGGUAGCGGUGAGGGAGAACCUAUAUUUGGUAGUGGACCCCCUGGUGAUUGCAAAUAUGACAUUAACUUAAAUUAAGCUAUUAUAAAAAAAAAAACUUGACAAGACUGAAAUAGCAAACAAAAGCUUGGUCAUAAAUUCCGCUAUGCAACUCACAAUAUGCAACAUUGUGCGCAUUUCUUAAUCUAAUUUAGAUUAGUACAAUAAUCUUUAUAAAUCCGAAAAUAUAAAACGGUGAUUAGAUUAUAAGUGAACGAUAUUCUUAAUGGAACUUUUAUUAUUUUAUAGUUCAAUAAACAUUUUUAUUA